UUCACCGAACCAAAGGGGGAGAAAAAAAAAAAGCUGUCCCCUUUUUUCCUCCCAUCUUUCCCCUUUACUCUUUUCUCCAUCCCCAAAUCAAAUGCCCCCAAAACCCUAGCUAGGGUUAGAGCUAGGGUCAGGGUUCCAUUUCCCCCAAAAUGGGAAACUGCUGCCGCUCUCCCGCCGCCGUCGCCCGCGAGGCCGGCAAGCACCAUAACGGAAGCGUGUCCAAACGCCUCACUGUCCUCACCAACCUCGAUCCGACCUCUAAUGGCGUCGAGGACAAGUACCUCGUCGAUCGCGAGCUCGGCCGUGGCGAGUUUGGGGUCACUUACCUCUGUAUGGAUCGCGAUACUCGAGAGCUUCUUGCUUGUAAGUCGAUCUCGAAGCGGAAGCUCAGGACUCAGGUGGACAUUGAGGAUGUGAGAAGAGAGGUGGCGAUUAUGAAGCACUUGCCGAAAAACCCUAGUAUUGUGACCUUGAGGGAGGCUUGUGAGGAUGAGAGUGCUGUUCAUUUGGUGAUGGAGCUUUGUGAGGGUGGAGAGCUCUUCGAUCGGAUUGUGGCGAGGGGGCAUUAUACAGAGAGAGCUGCUGCAGCGGUGACGAGGACGAUUGUUGAGGUUGUGCAGCUGUGCCAUAAGCAUGGUGUGAUUCACAGGGAUUUGAAGCCGGAGAAUUUUCUGUUUGCGAAUAAGAAGGAGAAUUCGCCGUUAAAGGCUAUUGAUUUUGGGUUGUCCAUCUUCUUUAAGCCUGGUGAAAAGUUCUCUGAAAUUGUUGGAAGUCCAUACUACAUGGCCCCAGAGGUACUCAAACGUAAUUAUGGACCAGAAAUAGAUAUAUGGAGUGCGGGAGUCAUUCUCUAUAUUCUUUUGUGUGGAGUUCCCCCAUUUUGGGCAGAAUCUGAACAGGGUGUUGCACAAGCUAUUCUUCGAGGAAUUAUUGAUUUUAAACGUGAACCAUGGCCGAGUGUUUCUGAAAGUGCCAAGAAUUUGGUUCGGCAGAUGCUGGAGCCUGAUCCAAAGCUUAGACCAACUGCAAAACAAGUUCUGGAGCAUCCUUGGCUUCAAAAUGCUAAAAAGGCUCCGAAUGUUCCCCUUGGAGAUGUCGUUAAGUCGAGGCUUAAGCAGUUUUCAGUGAUGAAUAGGUUCAAAAGGAGAGCUCUUAGGGUGAUUGCUGAUCAUUUAUCUGUUGAGGAAGUUGAAGACAUAAAAGAAAUGUUCAAGAAGAUUGACACGGAUAAUGAUGGCAUUGUAUCCUGCGAUGAACUUAAAGCUGGACUUGCAAAGCAUGGUUCGCAGCUUGCGGAGUCUGAAGUGCAGAUGCUCAUCGAAGCUGUGGACACCAAUGGAAAAGGAACGCUAGAUUAUGGAGAAUUUGUUGCUGUGUCUCUGCACUUGCAAAGGAUGGCAAAUGAUGAGCAUCUUCGAAAGGCCUUCUCAUACUUUGACAAAGAUGGUAAUGGCUACAUCGAGGCAGAGGAGCUUCAGGAGGCAUUGGCAGAAGAUGGGGCUGCUGAUAGCAAAGAUGUGGCAAAUGAUAUCCUACAAGAAGUCGACAUGGAUAAGGAUGGAAAAAUUAGCUACGAAGAAUUUGUAGCGAUGAUGAAAACCGGUACAGAUUGGAGAAAGGCUUCUCGGCAUUAUUCAAGAGGGAGAUUUAAUAGUCUAAGCAUAAGACUGAUGAAAGAUGGCUCUCUAAACAAGGGCAGUGAGUGAUGCUUGGCUCAUGACAUUUGAGUUUUUGUUUUUUCGCAAGCAUUUGACUCGAUGAGCUCCCCCGUUGGUUUAUGUUGUAAUUAGUCGAUCCUUCUGCCAGGAAGAGUAAAAUGCUUUCACAUUGUAUCUUCUGUUGUAUGUUUAUGGCAUUUGGGUUUUCCAUGUAAUCUUUAUGAUCUUCAUAGUUUGAGUGUUGCACGGUACUGAUGCACGUUUGUUUGAUUAACUCAUGGGGUUAUGGGUUUUUAAUGUACUAAAAUUGUGGAACUAGAGCUGGAACUGUAAGGGAAAGGGAAAUUUAUGUUUAUAUUCUCAUUUGAGGGCUGGAAAA